UGUUGUCUGUGUUAUUCUUCUGGGUUCCUUUCUUAUAUGGUUCUGGAGGAGAAAAGCAACAAAGAAAACUUCGUCGCCUUUGAACAAUCCUUUGGAUGAUAUGUUUCAAAAGGUCUCAUACAAUGAACUUCUCGAAGCGACAAACAGAUUUUCGGCAGAAAAUUUAAUUGGAGUUGGAAGUUACGGAUCUGUUUACAAAGGAUUGUUAUCGCUAAGCCAUGAGGUAACAACAGUUGUUGCAGUGAAAGUACUAGACCUUCAAAGGCGGGGAUCUUCAAAAAGUUUCAUGGCUGAAUGUGAGGCAAUGAGAUGUAUUCGGCAUAGAAAUCUCGUGAAGAUGUUGACAUCAUGUUCUUCUAUUGAUUAUAAAGGAGAUGAAUUCAAAGCUCUUGUUUCUGAGUUCAUGCCAAAUGGGAGUCUUGAGGAUUGGUUGCACCCAACAGCAAAUGACGGACAAUCAUCCUGGAGACCAUUAAAUUUUAUGGAGAGACUAAACGUAGCCAUCGAUGUUGCUUCUGCUUUAGAUUAUCUUCAUCAUCAUUGUCAGACACCAAUAGUUCACUGUGAUCUGAAGCCAGGAAAUGUUUUACUUGAUAGUGACAUGAACAGUCGUGUUGGUGACUUCGGAUUAGCGAAGUUUCUUGGUGGAGUCAUCAUCAAUAUUGAAUCUAAACAUCAUACCGCUAGUAGUUCAGUUGGGAUAAGGGGCUCGGUUGGUUAUGCUGCUCCAGAGUAUGGAAUGGGUCGAGACAUAUCGACUCAUGGAGAUGUCUACAGUUAUGGGAUCAUGCUGGUAGAGAUUUUUACUGGAAAGAGACCUACGGAUGACAUAUUCACAGAUGGUCUGAGCCUUCAUACCUUUGCUAAGACGGCUCUUCUUCAAGAUCAUGUAAUGGAAAUUGUUGAUCCUACACUGCCUCUUCAUAUCCGUCCAGAAGAUGAUAACAACAUCAGAGCUCUAGUCAAUGUCGAGAAUGAGACUAAGUUAUGCGAGGCUUUGGCGAGGAUUUUCAAUCUUGGCGUUAUGUGUUCAGUUGAAUCACCCAACGAACGGAUGGAAAUGGAACAGGUCAUGAAAGAGCUGCAAUCAAUCAGGAAAGCAUAUCUCUCCAGACUGGGAUAAGAUGGCAGAUUGUAUCAUUAGGUCCUCCAUAGUUAAUAUAUAGUUCUAUUUUUCUUUUCAAACAAAGACACUGAUACUUUUAACAAACAUUACGGUUCUCUUUUUAAAAGCACGGGGUUAGAAGGAAAAAAUAUCCGUGUAUCUGGUCAUGACUGACUGUUGCUACUAUACAUUUCA